CGACGCACCCAAGCGGCGUCUACGUUUCUUUUCGCUCCAGCGGUGCUGGGGCUCGCUUGGUGUUCUUGCCUUAACGGUGUCUGGUGGUCCUGCCUCAGCCUUUGUCGCGCUGUGAUCUGCAUUGUGAUCUGCGCUGGUCGUGGGAGUCGUAGGAGUCGUAGGAAGGACUCAAGGAGACCCAGGAAACAGAAAUGGACUCAGUGGCCAUUGAGGAUGUGGCUGUGACCUUCACCCUGGAGGAGUGGGCCUUACUGGAUCCUUCACAGAAGAAACUCUACAGAGAUGUGAUGCGGGAAACCUUCAGGAACCUGGCCGCAGUAGGUAAGGAUGACAAGUUACCGCCACUUCGUCAAUUAGAGAACAAGUGUUUCUUGCUUAUCGACAUUUUUCCAAGAUUUGGAUUGUGGAAAGGGAAAAAAUGGGAAGGUCAUCAUAUUGAAGAUUUGUACAAAAACCAGGGGAGAAAACUAAGAAGUCAUAUGGUAGAGAGACUGUGUGAAAGUAAAGAAGGUAGUGAAUGUGGAGAACACUUUAGCCUUAUUCCAAAUAUGAAUCUGAACAAGAAAACCACUGGAGCAAAACCACAUGAGUGCAGUACAUGUGGAAAAGUCUUUAUGCAUCAUUCAUUCCUUAAUAGGCAUCUCAGAUGUCACACUGAACAUAAACCAUAUGAGUAUCAGAAAUAUGGAGAGAAGCCAUAUAAAUUGAAGAAGUGUGAUAAAGCUUAUAAUUAUCGUCAAUUUUUUGAUAAACAGGAAAAAAAUAAUGGAGAGAAAAACUAUAAAUGUAAGGAAUGUGGGAAAACGUUUUGUGUUCGUACAUCCCUUCAAAUACAUAAAAGGAUUCACACAGGAGAAAAACCCUACAAAUGUGAGGAAUGUGGGAAAGCCUUCAUGUGGCAUACAGCAUUUCAAAGACACAUGAUAAUGCAUACUAGAGAUUCUCCUUAUAAAUGUAAGGAAUGUGGGAAAGCCUUUAAUUGUUCCACUUCAUUGCAAAUACAUGAAAGAACUCACACUGGCGAGAAACCCUAUCAAUGUAAACAGUGUGGAAAAGUCUUUAGAUAUCAAAAUACUUUUCAAAUACACAAAAGGACUCACACAGGUGAGAAACCAUAUGAUUGUAAGCAAUGUGGUAAAGCAUUCAGUUGUCCCAGUUCUCGUCGAAAACAUCAAAGAACUCACACUGGAGAGAAACCUUAUGAAUGUAAGGAAUGUGGAAAAUCCUUUGGUGAACUCUCAGGCCUUCGAGUACACAUGAUCACUCACACUGGAGAAGGACCUUAUAAGUGUAAAGAAUGUGAGAAAGCGUUCCUUUCUCCCAGUUCAUUUCGGAUACAUGAAAGGAUUCACACUGGAGAGAAACCUUAUGAAUGUAAAGAAUGUGGUAAAGCCUUCAGUUAUUACUCUUCUUUUCAAUCACAUGAAAGAAUUCAUACUGGAGAGAAACCCUAUGAAUGCAAGGAAUGUGGGAAAGCCUUCUCUCGUCAUCAAACCUUAAAAAUACACAUGAGAGUGCACACUGGAGAAAAACCCUAUAAAUGUAAAGAAUGUGAGAAAGCUUACAGGUGUUACCUUUCCUUCCAAAUACAUAAAAGAAGUCAUACUGAAGAGAAACCCUAUGAAUGCAAACAAUGUGGUAAAGCCUACAAACAUUACAGUUCCUUAGAAGCACACAAAAGAAUUCAUACUGGAGAGAAACCCUAUGAAUGCAAGGACUGUGGGAAAGCCUUCUUCCACAACCAAACCUUAAAAAUACACAUGAGGCUGCAUACUGGAGAGAAGCCCUAUGAAUGUAAACAAUGUGGGAAAGCCUUCAGGUAUUACUUUCCUUUCCAAAAACAUGAAAGAAGUCAUUUUGUAGAGAAAUCUUAUGAAUGUAAGCAAUGCGGUAAAGCCUAUAGAGAUUACAGUUCCUUAAGAACGCACAAAAGAACUCAUACUGUAGAGAAGCCCUAUGAAUGUAAACAAUGUGGUAAAGCCUUCACAUAUUCCUUUUCCUUCCAGAGACAUGAAAGAAGUCAUACUGAAGGGAAACCUCAUGAAUGCAAGGAAUGUGGGAAAGCCUUCUCUCGUCACUAUACCUUAAAAAUACACAUGAGACUACACACUGGAGAGAAGCCCUAUGAAUGCAAACAAUGUGGUAAAGCCUUUAGAUAUUCCUCUUCCUUCAGAAUUCAUGAAAGAAGUCAUGAGAGAAAUCCUGUGAAUGUAAGCAGAAUGUAAGCUCUACAGAGCUUACAGUUCCUUAGAAACACAAAAGAAUUCAUAUAUGAGAGAAGCCCUAUGAAUGUAAGAAAGUUGGAAAAGCCUCAGAUGUUAUCAAAGUUUUUGAUGACAUGAAAGAAGUCACACAGGAGAAAAACCCUAUAAAUGUAAAUAAUGUGGUAAAGCCUACAGAUAUUAGAGUUCCUUACGAACACACAAAAGGACUCACAGGAUAGAAAUACUCUAAAUUUAAGCAAUGUGGUAGAGCUUUCAUUUCUCCUAUAAAUUCACUUCUAAAUACAUGAACUCACACUAAAGAGAAAUUCUGAGUGUAAAUGUGGUGAAGUCUUCAUUUGUCACACAGCCAUUUGAAGAUAUGUGAGAGUGCACAUUUGAGAGACAUCAUAUAAACGUAAAGAAUGUGGAAAGACUAAUCAUCUCAGUGUUUUCCAAAGGCAUGAAAGGACUCACUGGGUAAAAAUUCUUAAAUGUAAGCUGCGUGGGAAGCAUUUUCAUUGGUCCACAUCCUUACAUGUGGAGACUCCCACCAAAC